AUCGUUUCUUGAGGAAAACUUUUUAAGAUGUGGUGAAGAGCCUGUAUUUUCCCCUGUGCGGUAUAUAGUGCCUUAAAAAUGGGGUUUGGAGGCGACCUGAAGUAUUCUCAUGAUGCUUUAUUAAAACUGCAAGACUGGGAACUACGACUGCUGGAAACAGUGAAGAAAUUUAUGGUAAUGCGAGUAAAAAGUGAUAAGGAAUAUGCCUCCACUUUACAGAAUCUUUGUAAUCAAGUAGAUAAAGAGAGCACUUGUCAAUUGGAUUAUAUCAGCAAUGUCUCCAAGUCUUGGUUGCUCGUGGUACAGCAAACAGAACAGCUGAGCAAAAUAAUGAAGACACAUGCAGAGGAUCUUAAUUCUGGGCCUUUGCAUAGGCUUACAAUGAUGAUCAAAGAUAAGCAGCAAGUUAAGAAGAGUUAUGUAGGUGUUCAUCAACAAAUUGAAGCAGAGAUGUACAAGGUCACAAAAACAGAACUAGAGAAACUAAAAUCUACCUAUAGACAACUAAUAAAAGAAGUAAAUUCUGCCAAAGAAAAGUAUAAAGAAGCUGUGGCUAAAGGAAAGGAGACUGAGAAAGCCAAAGAUCGGUGUGAUAAAGCCACUAUGAAGCUUCAUAUGUUGCAUAAUCAGUAUGUGUUGGCACUGAAAGGAGCACAGUUACAUCAGCACCAGUAUUAUGAUACUACACUUCCUCUGUUACUUGAUUCACUGCAGAAGAUGCAAGAAGAAAUGAUUAAAGCCCUAAAAGGAAUCUUGGAUGAGUAUAGCCAGAUCACCAGUCUUGUAACAGAAGAGAUUGUGAAUGUCCAUAAAGAGAUCCAGACCUCGGUUGAACAGAUAGACCCUGACUCCGAGUAUAAUGACUUCAUAGAUACUCACAGUUCAUCAGAUGUUGUUGAACAAGAAAUAGAGUUUGAUACAUCUUUACUAGAAGAAAACGAAAACCUUCAAGCGAAUGAGAUCAUGUGGAAUAAUCUAACAGCAGAAAGUUUACAAGUCACGUUAAAAACAGUAAUAGAAGAACUGAUUCAGACACAGCAAACCCUUUUGAGCAAAGAGGAACUUGUGUUGGAACUAGAGAAAAAAAUAGAAGAGUCCUCUAAGACUUGUGAAAAGAAGUCUGAUAUUGUACUUUUGCUGAGCCAAAAGCAAGCACUGGAAGAACUUAAACAAACAGUUCAGCAAUUAAGAUGCUCUGAGGCAAAAUUUGCAGCCCAGAAAGAACUACUGGAACAAAAGGUUCAAGAGAAUGAUGGGAAAGAGCCACCACCUGUAGUGAAUUAUGAAGAAGAUGCCAGAUCAGUCACUUCUAUGGACAAGAAGGACAAAGUCUCAAGAUUUGACACUAUACGUCAUUCCAUAGCUGGAAUUAUAAGGUCUCCAAAAUCCAUGUUGGGCUCAUCAUCGUUCUUUGAUGUAAUAUCAACCACUGAGAAACCAUUGGCUGAGCAAGACUGGUAUCAUGGUGCAAUUCCAAGAAUAGAAGCCCAGGAGCUGUUAAAACAGCAAGGAGACUUCUUGGUGCGAGAGAGCCACGGGAAACCUGGUGAAUAUGUCCUUUCUGUGUUUUCAGAUGGACAACGGAGACACUUUAUCAUACAAUAUGCUGAUAAUCAGUAUCGUUUUGAAGGAACUGGGUUUCCAACUAUUCCUCAGCUCAUAGAACAUCAUUACACAACAAAGCAAGUUAUUACAAAGAAAUCAGGUGUUGUUCUGCUGAAUCCUGUUGUUAAGGAUAAGAAAUGGGUUCUCAAUCAUGAAGAUGUCACACUGGGAGAAUUACUGGGCAAAGGUAAUUUUGGUGAGGUGUAUAAGGGAACAUUAAAGGAUAAAACUCCUGUUGCUGUAAAAACUUGUAAAGAAGAUCUUCCUCAGGAACUGAAAAUAAAAUUUCUGUCAGAAGCCAGAAUACUCAAACAGUAUGAUCAUCCUAAUAUUGUAAAACUUAUAGGAGUUUGCACUCAACGGCAACCUAUUUAUAUUGUUAUGGAACUUGUUCCAGGAGGUGAUUUCCUGUCCUUUUUAAGAAAAAAGAAGGAUGAGCUAAAAACCAAACAGUUGGUGAAAUUUUCAUUAGAUGCUGCUUCUGGUAUGGCAUAUCUUGAAUCUAAAAAUUGUAUACAUAGAGACCUGGCUGCAAGGAACUGCUUGGUAGGCGAAAGCAACAUUUUGAAAAUAAGUGAUUUUGGAAUGUCCCGGCAAGAGGAUGAUGGCGUGUACUCAUCAUCAGGCCUGAAGCAGAUUCCUAUCAAGUGGACUGCUCCAGAAGCUCUCAACUAUGGGAGAUACACAUCUGAGAGUGAUGUAUGGAGCUUUGGAAUCCUUUUGUGGGAGACCUUCAGUUUAGGAGUAUGUCCGUACCCUGGAAUGACCAACCAACAAGCACGAGAACAAGUCGAGAAAGGCUACCGAAUGUCAGCACCGCAAAAAUGUCCAGAAGAAAUAUAUAAAAUAAUGCAGAGGUGCUGGGACUACAAACCAGAAAACCGGCCAAAAUUCAGUGAGAUUCAGAAAGAGCUGUCUUCAAUCAAAAAGAAAGUGACAUAGUGAUAAACAAGUGCCAAACUCAAUGUGUGGGACUUUAUUUUCCAGUGAAGUAAUUUUUUCCCCUCAAACACUAUGCGUUUAUACAACAUUAUUUGCAAUAUUACUCUAGGAUUACUUCAAAAUUAACUGGUUUCUUAUAUACGUUUGUACCAUCUUGAAUGAUGUCUACACCUGCAUUAAAGACAUAUACUGCGAAACGCUAUAUAUCCAGUCACAGUAAUAUUGUCAUUUAGGUUACAUGUAAAUAGAAAAGCACAUACUAUAGAUUUAAGGGACUGUGGCUUCUAUCUGUUUUACAGCAAGUAACCGCUAGUGACAUUUUUCAGAUGUUUUCUACUUUCAGCUGUGUUCUCACUCUGCUAUCCCUGUCCCAUAUGUCAACACCAGCAGCACUAUAAUAUGGUGACUGUCAUAUAUGUUGGCCUUAAAACUGAAGAUAGUUUUGACAAGUA